AUGAUUCCAAAGCACCACAUUCCAUAUUCUAUGGAAAAUUACACACGGCAGUCAACAGAUCAUCUAAGUUCAGUCACAUCGGGAUUGUGUCAUCAGAUGUACACACAGGAACCUGUCAAACCGAAACAGAGCCAACGUAAACGUAGCAAUUCCAAGAGCAGCGACGGUAUCGUGAGUGUCUCAUCACCAGAAAGUAUUGACGAUUCUUCUCCAAAGAAACUCAAGAAAAAGCCGCAACUGUCUUUUGAGGAUAUACAGACACAGCGCGUCAUGGCUAACGUCAGGGAACGACAAAGGACACAAUCACUAAACGACGCCUUUGCUCAACUCCGUCAGAUAAUUCCAACAUUACCAUCAGACAAACUGAGUAAAAUUCAAACACUUAAAUUAGCCACUCGUUAUAUAGACUUCCUGUACAAUGUCCUGCAGACAGAGGAAUACUGGGACAAUACAUGUAACAACAAAAUGACCCCUAGUUGUAACUACAUGGCUAAUGAGAGGUUGAGUUAUGCCUUCUCUGUGUGGCGGAUGGAAGGAGCGUGGACGAUGCCCACAGAAUGA